UAACUCCACCAAUCCAUUCUGCUCACCUAGCUGUGGAACGCUGCAUGACAAGCACCUGGCUUGGACGUGCUUCAUUAUUGGGGCCUAAUAUAAAAAUGAGUUCCCUGAGCACAGCGAAUGUUGAAUUUUGCCUUGAUGUGUUCAAAGAACUGAACAGUAACAAUGCAGGAGAUAACAUCUUCUUUUCCCCGUUGAGCCUGCUUUAUGCUCUACAUAUGAUCCUUCUUGGUGCCAGAGGAAACAGUGCAGAGCAAAUCAAAAAGGUGCUUCACAUUAAUCAUGAAGAAUCAACAAAACCAGAGUUUAAGGACUCGUCAGAGUGCAGCCAAGCUGGAAGGAUUCAUUCAGACUUCGGAGUUCUAAUCUCACAAAUCAACCAACUAGAUUCUAACUAUACCCUCAGCAUUGCAAACAGACUCUAUGGGACCAACAAAUUGGCAUUCCAUCAGCAAUAUCUAACCUGUUCUGAGAAAUUGUAUCAAACCAGGCUGCAGACUGUUGACUUCGAACAGUCUACAGAAGAAACAAGGAGAGCUAUUAAUGCUUGGGUUGAAAGUAAAACAAAUGGAAAAAUCACAAACCUCUUUGGAGAGGGCACAAUUGACCCUUCCUCUGUAAUGGUCCUGGUGAAUGCCAUAUAUUUCAAAGGACAAUGGCAGAACAAAUUUCAGGAAAAAGAGACAGUUAAAGCCCCUUUUCAGCUAAAUGAGGGCAGAAGUGUACUUGUGGAAAUGAUGUACCAGAUGGGAACGUUCAAGCUGGCUGUCAUAAAGAGGCCUCAGAUGCAAGUUCUCGAGCUGCCCUACGUCAACAACAAACUAAGCAUGAUUAUUCUGCUUCCAGCAGGCACAACUAAGCUAGAACAGGUAGCAAAGCAGCUGAACGCACGUGCACUUCAGGAGUGGAUCGACCCUUCCAACAUGGUGGAAAGAGAAGUUGAAGUGCAUUUGCCUCGAUUCAAGCUCGAAAUCCAGUAUGAGCUCAAUUCCUUGCUAAAGUCCCUAGGGAUGGCAGAUAUCUUCAACCAGGGCAAGGCUGAUCUUUCUGGCAUGUCAUCAGCCAAGGGCCUGUACUUAUCAAAGGUCAUCCAUAAAUCCUACGUGGAUGUCAACGAAGAAGGCACUGAGGCAGCGGCCGCCACCGGGGACAUCAUCACCGUGAAGCGACUGCCCAUCCGAUACCAGUUCAUGGCGAAUAAGCCCUUUCUGUUCUUCAUAAGGGACAUCCAUUCGGAGAUGAUUGUCUUCUGUGGCAAGUUUGCCUCUCCAUGA